AUGGCGGAGUUGAAUUUGGCUCAUUACGAGGAUGUUCUUGGGCAACUGCCUCGGCUCAAGACGUAUUCCCAUUUGCUUCUGGUCUUCCCUCUUCUUGGUGACCGAUGCCCAGACCCUCUAAUUGACUCAAUUGAAAGUGCAGCACAAGAAGUGAGGAAUGCUUUUCCUUGGCUUGCGUGUCGGGUUCUGCAUGAAGGUAGAGGGCCUGGGAACUCGGGCGUGUUUAAACUGGCAACGUGCCCCGAAUUCGCAUUUCCAAAUCCAGUGGUGCGCAGAAAAGACUGUACAGACAAUUUUCCAACAUAUCAAGAGAUAAUCGAUGCCCACGGCCCGGUGGCGAUGCUGGAUGGGAACAUCCUAGCACCACUCCCCGCAUUUCCCCAUAUCUACGACGAUUCCAAGCUCAAUCCUGCGCCUGUUCUCGCCAUUCAAGUCACCGUGAUCAAAGGAGGCUUGCUGCUUGAUAUUGCUGCGCAACACAAUAUCGUGGAUGGAGGAAGUCUGAUGCGUAUUUUGGACCUUCUCGCGAAAUCGAUGAGAGGAGAACAAUUCUCCGCGGAGGAAAUCGAACAUGGAAACCGCGACCGAACCAAACUCAUUCGAUUACUCCAGUCCGACGAGCCAAUGCUGGACCACAGCCAUUUAAUCCUCGACCCCCAUGGAGCUUCCAAACCGCCAGGGGGUCGCCCGAAGGCGCAGUGGCGUUAUGUGCGAUUUCCGGUCCAGAAAAGGAAUAUCCUCAAAGAGCGCGCGAACAAAGAGAUCGAAGGCGGAGAUGAGCUGUUCAUUUCUACAAAUGACACCUUGAGCGCUUUUAUAUGGAAGCGUGUUUCCGCUGCUCGACUCAAGCGCCGAAAGAGACCCGAUGACUUGUCAAAGUUCUCUCGCGCAUUGGAUGCCCGUCGUGCUCUUGAGAUUCCGCGAGAAUAUCUUGGUCAAAUGGGAUAUAACGCGACCUGCUUCCUGACUUUCAGAGAGCUUGAAACUAUGUCUGUGGGGCAGAUCGGGGUUUUCCUGCGCCAGGCAGUUCGCGAGGUUAACACCAAUUAUGCCGCUCGUAGCUGGGCAACUUUGAUUGCCAACGAGCCUAACAAGGCAAGAAUCAUGUUUGGCGGUUCUUUUAAUCCUGAUAAAGAUAUCGGAAUUUCCUCUAUUCUCCAUGCCAAUUUCAACAACGUUGACUUUGGCGACCUAGGCAAGCCGAGCUUGUUCAGGCGUCCCUUAUUUUCGCCUCUCGAAAGCUGUGUUUACCUAUGGACACAGACAGUGGAGGGGCACGUCGAUGCACUACUUUGUUUAAUAGAGGCGGAUUGGAAUGAAUUACGGGCCGAUGUAGAAUGGAGUGAGCACACAGAGCUUAUUGGGUAG